AUGAAAAAUUACACAAUUAAAGAGUUUUAACAAUAUAAUCACAGUGUAUUAAAUCCCUUUUAGCCUGAAAAGUAUAUUUUGAUAGAUACUUUAAAUAAGCUGCAGGAUUUAAUUCCAAUACUUUUAGAAUAAACUAGGUUAGGAAUAGAUACAGAAUAGAGCUUUGCCAAGACCUAUGAAGGAUUUUUAUGCUUGAUACAAAUUUCAACUGAUUAAAAUGACUAUCUGAUAGAUGUUUUAGGCAUCAACAGCAAAUAAGGAAUUAAUGAGUGUCUUUCUAAAGUUUUUUUGUGCAAAGACAUUAUUAAAAUUUUUUAUGCUGGAUAAUAAGAUAUUUUAUGGCUUAAGAGAGAUUUUGAUUUAUCAGUAGUAAAUUACUUCGAUGUAAAAGAAUGUGCAAGCUUCCUAAAAAAAUCUGAUGAUAAUUCACUUAUUUAGCUGAUUGAUCGCUAUUGCAAUUACAAAUUAGAUAAGCAAAAGAAAAAAGAGCUAUAAGUUUCAGAGUGGUCAAAUAGACCUUUAAGCAAAGAAUAGUUAGACUAUGCUGCUUUGGAUUCUCAUUACUUAAUAAAAAUUAGAUAUGAACUGUUGUGUGAGACUAUAUAAAGUGUCGGUUUUAAGAGAACUAUUGAAGUCAUUAACUAAAUGCAGUAAUAAACUUUAAAGAAAUAUGAAAAGAAGAAGUUUGAUUAUUAGUACUUUUUUGAUUUAUUUUAGAAAUAAUUUAAGCAUUAAGAGUUAUAUGCAUCAUAAAUUGACAAGUAAUCAGAAGUAUACAGAAUAAUAAACGUAAUAUAUUGUAGAAUAGCCAAACUUAAAAAUGAAUAUUCAUAAUUAAAUAACUUAAAUGCUAAUAAUUUGUUAUUGGAACCUUCGCUUUUAGAACUAGCUUUUAAAAUUUAUGAUUUAAACAGUAAUAAACUUGCUUUGUUGGAAGAUUUAGACUUAUAAACAUUCUAAAAUAUCAAAUAUCCCCAAUCGCUUAUAUUUUUGUAAAGCUAAAGGGAGAAAAUCAUGUUAAUUUUGAAUUCAUGGAAUUAGAGUGAAGAAAAAAACAAUUUAUUAUAAGAGUAUGAUAAAUAUGGAUAAAAAAAGGCUAGCAGUCACACUGAAAAAGAAGAAAGGAAGCAGAAGAGAGCAUAAUAAUUUGAGGAGUAGUUCUGCUUGAAAAAAGAACCAUACGGAAAUUGCUAAAUUCUAUCACCACUAGGUUUGAAACUUUGCAAUUGUGAUGAAAAAAAAGUUAAAUGGUAUCUCAAUAAAGGACUAGCUACUUUAGUCAGUAGAGAGCCUUACACAAUUAUAAAAUUAAAUUUUUAGCCUAAUGGAAAGAAUCAUGAAGAAUUAGAACAAGAAAUUCAUUUGAAUGAAAACCAAUUUUAUGCAAGCAAGAGAGAAACUGUUUGUGUAGUCUGUGGAAAAGAUGAAAAAUUCACUAAAUAUCAUGUUAUUCCCUCUAUAUACAGAACUCAUUUUCCAAAUAAAUACAAAAGCCAUAGAUCUCAUGACAUUUUGUUAUUAUGUGUGAAAUGUCACCAGAAAGCAGGAAAAAACGCAGAUUUGUUAAAAGAUUAACUAUUGCAGUAAUAUAAAAUAGAAAAACAGCAGUAUUUUAAAUAGCAAAGCUUAAAAUAUAUGGCUUAAAGAAUGUAUGCUAGUACUAAGUCAUACUUAAAAAGCAAAGAAAAAAUGAAUAAAGAAAAUAGAUAAAAGUGUAAAGAAAACAUUAGACAAUAUUUCGACGAAUUGCUCAAAACACCUGAUAUUUAAAAUAAGUUUCCUUAGUUAAAGGACAAACAAUUUAAAGUCUCAACCACUGGAAAAAUUAAAAUUGAUGAAGAAUUUAGGAGUUUCUUUUCUAAUUUAGAAAAAGACUCUAAAAAUAUUAAAGAUGAAGAAAAACAAAAUGAGAGAAUUUGGGCUGGAUAAAAAGUAGUUGAAAAUUUGAAAACAGAAGAUGACAUUAUUUUAUUCAUAAAAAUGUGGAGACAGCACUUUUUAGAUGUUAUGCAACCAAAAUAUUUACCAUUUGGAUGGAAUGUCAAUCAUAAAUUUACAAGAGAUUUUGGUAAAGAGUCUGUUUUCAAUUAAAUUGAAGGUAAUCAAACAGAAGAUAUCUCCUAACAAAGCCAUAUAACUGUUUCUGAAGGAAUAAAUUAGCAACCAUGA